AUGAUAUACCGGACCAACACAACAUUGACGCUGAUCGAACUCUGCAAAUCGACCAUAUCCAACGAGAUCUCUCUCCUUGCUGUCUGGUGUCUAUUGAGGAUAUGUCGUAGCCCGGAGGUUGCCCAAGGACUGAUCAAAACUAAUAUUGUAUCUGUCCUUCUCAGGCAAAAUGCUAUUGGAGACAUGCACUUGGUCAGCAUGUCGGUCUAUUGUCUCGGUACUGUGGUUCAGAAUGACGCGACAGCUGAUUUUCUCGCCGCCAUGGAUAUCAUCCCCUUCAUCGUGUCCCAUCUACGGCAAAGCACUGAGAGUCCAAGGCAGAAUCCAGACCAUAUCUGCGCCGGUCUUUACGCCGCUGCACGAAUGUCUCGUUCAAUUAAAUUAGCGAAAUAUUUGGCCAAAGCCGGUUGUGUGGAGCUCAUAGUCCAUCAUCUUAACACCUCGACCGACCCCAACGUUCUACAUUGGAGUGCAAGAGCCGUCGGAUGUCUCAUGCGACCAAACAGUAGUGAUAUGGCAAGGAUACUUCUCGAAGCCGAUGUCGCCAAAGGGCUUGCUCGUCUGCCUACGGUGCUUACCUCGGAAAAUUUACAAGCCCUUGGUUCUCUCGGUUUCACAGUUCAAAGGUUCAGCUGUGCCGAAUGGAGCGGAAAGAUUCGGCAGACUUUAGUGGAGGCUGGGGUGGUUGACUCGCUGCUCGCUGCGUUGCGUACAGCUGCCGAUGAACCAUGCCACGAUGUUCAUAUCGAAUUGGCUCUCGCCAUCAGUCUUCUUGGGGAUGUCGGUGGCUCUGCUAUUCGAAAAGAAAUCGUGAAUGCCGGUGGAAUCACCAUUCUAAGGAGCGUUGCAAAUGGCAAUCCCGAAGUUGCGAAAGCAUGUAAUAUGGCCAUAACGAGUGUCACCGGCAACAUAUGGUCUCGGAAUGCAGCCUCUGCAAAGACGGCUAUGGCACACAAUUGGAAUGGAGGCUGCCCGGAGUAUCAACCACCAUGUCCUUUGGUACUUCGACUUCUAUGA